AGCUUCUGACGUGCUGUUUUUUUUGUGCUGGGUGACAGCGAGCAUGUUAUUCAAUUAGCACAUAACGUAAAUAAAGCGAUUAGGUGCAAAUUAUCACUUAUACCGAAAAGGACCUGUGGUCGAGAGCCAAUGCUGAGUAAGAUGUCACUUGGAGAAACUUGGAAAGAUCUGUACAAAUUCAGUGCGGUCGAUUAUGGAGUUUUUGGUGCGAUGCUUAUGUUUUCGGCUGCAUGUGGAAUCUAUUUCGGAUUUUUUCAACGUACCGUCAACCAGUCGCCGGAAAGCAGUGAUGACGAAUGUGGGAGUGGUAGCCGAUCGGGCAGUAACCGCAAACGGACGGCCGCCUCGUUCGGAUCUUCGACGAUGGACGAGUAUCUGCUCGGGUCGCGGAAGCUAAAAACGUUUCCAGUUGCAAUGAGCCUGGUGGCAGGCUACAUUUCCGGUGUUACCAUUCUCGGCACCCCGGCGGAGAUAUACAACUUCGGUACUCAGUACUGGUUGAUUAUUGUACCGAUAUUGUUGAUGGGCGUAGCAGUCAGUACAGUCUAUCUGCCGGUGUUUUGCUCUCUGAAACUGAGCUCAUCUUAUGAGUACUUGGAAUUACGGUUCAAUUCAUCCGUACGGUCGAUAGCCUCCGUAAUGUUUGUUUUAGAUGAGUUGUUCUUUCUGCCGAUGAUAAUUUAUGUCCCUGCACUGGCAUUCAAUCAAGUUACCGGAUUCAAUUUGUAUAUAAUCGGUGCCAUUGUCUGCCUCGUGUGCAUAUUUUAUACAUUGCUGGGCGGAAUAAAGGCGGUCGUUUUUACCGAUGCCUGGCAGGUGGUAGUGAUGUUCAUUUCCGUUGUCAUCGUGGUCAUUCUGGGUACAAUAGUCAUCGGUGAUCCGAGCAUCAUUUGGGAUAGGUCGGAGGCUGGCGGCAGAAUUGAUUUUUUCAACUUCAAUCCUUCACUCUACGAGCGACAGACUUUCUGGGGAGUGCUGAUCGGAGGAUUUUUCUACUGGACCUCAUUCAACUCUGUUAACCAGACUAUGGUGCAACGUUACAUGUCCUUGCCGAAUCUGAAAAAGGCGAAAAGAUCCGUUGGCUUGUUUACCAUCGGGAUGGGUGUAUUUGUUACUGCUUGCUGUUAUGCUGGACUUUUGGUCUAUGCACACUACUACCGGUGCGAUCCAAUGUCGGUAGGAUUUGUGAAAACUGAUGAUCAAUUGUUCCCUCAUUAUGUGAUGGAAAUCGUUGGGCAUCUGCAAGGAAUACCUGGACUGUUUAUUGCAGGUGUUUUCGGAGCAGCUCUCAGCUCACUAUCAGUAGUUCUUAAUUCUACCUCUGCGGUGCUAUUGGAAGAUAUCCUGAAAGGAUUGUUCCGCGUAAAUCCUACUCCAUUCGUAGCUAAUUUGUUUGUUCGAGGAAGUGUAGUAGUGCUUGGUUUAGCCGCUAUGGGUUGCUUAUUUAUCAUCGAAAGACUUGGAGGUAUAUUGAGUGUGGCCACGUCGCUCUCGGCUAUAGCGGCCGGAACUACGUGUGGGAUUUUUACACUAGGAAUGCUGGUCCCAUGGAGUAAUUCGAAAGGUGCUCUAUUCGGUGGGAUAUCAGGAGCUAUUUUAUCUGGAUGGGUUUCGUUAGGAGCUCAGCUUGCAACAGCUAGUGGAAGUAUUGUGCCACAUAAACUUCCUGUAUCAAUUGAUGGAUGCCCCGACGAUCUGGUAUCGAACAGUACUAUCGUGAAUCCGAUUUAUCCGGAUGAAUCAAAUGUGUUCCCACUUUUUCGUCUGUCAUACCAUUGGAUCACUCCUAUUGGAGUUGCGACCGUUUUGAUAGUUGGUACUAUUGUAUCGUUUCUAACAGAACCAAGAAAUUUGAGAGAUAUCGAUCCGGAGCUAAUAUCACCGGUAAUACAUCGUUUCUUGCCACAGGAAUCGUUUGGAAACUAUGGAUCAGCAUCUAAGGAAACUCCCGUCCAUUUCAGUAAGGAAAUGCGAACGACCUAUGGUUCUGAAACUACGUCUCAAAGUACCAGAAUGAAACAAACCUAUUAGACAGAUAUAGUUGUAAUUUUCCUAACAUGUUGAAUGAUGAAACUAUGGUACUUAAAUUUUAGACGAGUAAAUGCAAUCUUUGCAAUCUCUCAAGGAAACGGUAUGCUGCGUUGUUUUUUAGGGUGGUAUGGGUGUGCAUGAGUGUUCCUGAACAAUAGACUGUAUAACCUAGACGCUGUAGUAACCAUUCGAAAAUAAUCGAUUCAGGCGAUCGUGAGUCUUGAACUCCAAAUUUAAGUACAAUGUGCUAAUAUUUGCAUAACUGCCUGUGAUACAAUUGAAAAAGUGUUAGAAAAUAGGUGCUACGAAGGAACUUAUUUUAAAUGUAUUUUUUUACAGAUAAACUUCUAAUGUGAAUCGAUUUUUUAAUAAAGUUUAUUAACUAA